AUGGCGCCCCCUCCUCCCCCCGUCGAGCCCGUCCGCCUGACGAUCGCGCUCGUGGGCCAGACCGGGAACGGCAAGUCCGCGACGGGCAACUCCCUCCUCGGCCGAGACGCGUUCGUCGCCAAGCGCUCGCUCGCGUCCGUCACGGAGCGAUGCGAGAAGCACGUCGCGCUGCUCGACGCGAACGACGACCCGCUGCCGCCGCCGCUCGCGCUCGACGGCGCGGUCCCAGCCCCGCCGCCGCCGGACGCGACGACGCCGUCCACCAUCUUGCGCGUGAUCGACACCCCCGGGACGUGCGACAGCGGCGCGCUGCUGGAAGAUAACCUGCGGCGGAUCUCGGACUUCCUCGCGUCGACGACGGAGGUGGACGGCGGCGUCGACGCGCUCGUGUUCGUUCUUAGCGCGGCGAAUCGGUUCACGCAGGAGGAGGCGGUCGCGAUGGAGCGCCUCGUCGCGCGGCUCGGCGAGGGCGUGCUGCGGCACACGAUCUGCGUCUUCACGCGAGGCGAGGAGCUC